CAAUGUUUUCCUUCUCUUCUGAUGAGGGGUCUCUUAGGAAAGCUCUUGAUAUGAGGAUAAGGUCAUUAUAUCUUCAUCGACGGCUAAUCUUUUUGAUAAAAAUGGUCAUCUUACUGGUUGUAAUUGGUUUGGCAAUACUGUUUAUAAAUUCAGAAAUCAAAAACAUCUUCAGAAACAUUAGCAAGUCUCAGGAGGAAAGGAAAAUAAAGAAAGAUCUGGAAAUAGACCAGUUGUUACCACCAGAGGAAGUAGAAUUACCUCCAAUGCCGGGAUUUGAGAAAGUCGAGCGACAUCCUGACACUGUGUACAUGACUACCACCAUCUGCGGAGACAGAAUAGAACAGGCAAUCAUCAUGAUCAAAUCAGCUAUUGCCCUCUGCAGAAAUCCUCUUCACAUCAUCCUCAUGACUGAAGAUCAUUUGAGAGAUCCAAUUGAAGAAGCUGUGAAUUCAUGGUCUCAAGAUGCAAUGAAGCACGUGACCUUCGAAUAUCAUGGAAUAAUGUAUCCUGAUUGGCUGAAUGUUAGUGAAUGGAAAUGGUUAUACAGCUUGUGUUCUACUCAUAAAAUUUUUUUGCCGUCUAGUCUACGACAUAUCGAUGCUGUUGUUUUGGCUGACACUGACGUUCUGUUUCUACGCCCUGUGACGGAAUUCUACAACCAUAUACGUCGUUUCCGACCGGAAAACGUUAUGGGCUUGGCCAUUGAGUCUCCAGCACCACGUACAGGCUGGUACCCCAGUCACAGAAUUAACAUUCCUAUAUACAAAGAUCAGGGUUUAAAUGGUGGGGUUUGGCUGAUUAAAUAG